AUGUUGAAACCGCGGACGAUGUUUGUAAGAAUAUUGUUGACUUCACUUUUUGCCUGUGCAACUGCAUUUUAUUUGCCUGGAUUAGCACCUGUGAACUUUUGCGAAACUCCAAAACCAAAUUGUCCGAGCAAUGUUUCUCUCUUCGUGAAUCAUUUAGACAGCGACCGAUCAGUUAUUCCGUACGAAUAUCAUAGUUUUGAUUUCUGUGUUGCAAACGAAGAUGAAUCGCCUGUUGAAAACCUCGGACAAGUCUUGUUCGGUGAACGAAUUCGGCCAAGUCCUUAUGAAAUUUCAUUCUUGAAAGAGGAACAAUGCCGCAAGCUUUGUGACACAAAGACAUACAAGAAAGGAAAUUCUAAUGAUUUGUCGAAACUUCGCCACUUGCAGCGGGCGAUGAUGCUUAACUAUCAACAUCAUUGGAUUGUUGACAAUAUGCCGGUGACGUUUUGCUUCAAAAAUUCUCAAAGUAUGGAUAUUUGCACCACUGGCUUCCCUGUUGGAUGCUUUGUUGAUGAAAGAGGAGAACAACAUGAUGCAUGUGUUUUGAAUGCGAGAGCAAAUUCGCCCAAUCACUUCUACAUUUUCAAUCAUGUCGAUAUUGAAAUUCACUACCGCGAUUUAAGUCAUGAUGCAAACUUCCUCGAGAAACAAUUCCACGUCGGAGGAAGAAUAAUUCGUAUUGAUGUUAAACCGAGAUCGAUCAAGCACAAGUCUAGCAGCAAUUUGGAUUGCAGUGAAUCUGCUGAUCCAUUGGGAAUCGAUGCCAAGUCAGAGUCUGCUGAGAUUACUUACUCCUACAGCGUUAAAUGGAUUAAGACUGAUAUUAAAUGGUCAUCUCGAUGGGAUUACAUUCUUCAAUCAAUGCCACACACCAACAUUCAAUGGUUCUCAAUCAUGAACUCACUUGUUAUUGUUUUGUUCCUUUCUGGAAUGGUUGGAAUGAUUAUUAUGAGAACCCUUCAUCGCGAUAUCGAUCGGUACAAUCGUUUGGAUACUGAAGAGGAUGCUCAGGAAGAGUUUGGUUGGAAGCUCGUGCAUGGUGAUGUUUUCCGGACCCCACGCUAUCCAAUGCUUCUUUCCGUAUUCAUCGGAGCCGGAUGUCAAACACUAUUGAUGGUUUCCGUUACUCUUAUUUUCGCCUGUCUUGGAUUCCUGUCUCCGGCCAACCGUGGAUCAUUGAUCACCUUCGCAUUGAUGUUUUACGUAUUCUUUGGAGCUGCUGCUGGAUAUAUUUCCGCAAGACUUUACAAAACUUUCGAAGGAAUUCAUUGGAAGACGAACCUUGUCAUGACUUCAUUCUUGGUUCCUGGAAUUUUGUUCACCGUUUUCUUUUUCACCAACACCCUUCUCUGGAUUAAAGGAUCGUCGGCUGCUGUUCCAUUCGGAACUUUAGUGGUUUUAUUGGUUCUUUGGCUAUUUGUCCAGAUCCCGAUGACCUUCGUUGGAGCAUUCUUUGGAUACAAGAAAAGAGGAAUCGAGGCGCCAGUACGCACCAACAAAAUUCCGAGACAGGUUCCAGAACAGACCUUCUACACUAAAGCUUUGCCCGGAAUGCUUAUGGGCGGAAUUCUUCCAUUUGGUUGCAUUUUCAUUCAGUUAUUCUUCAUUCUCAAUAGCAUUUGGGCUCAUCAAACCUAUUACAUGUUCGGAUUCUUGUUCCUCGUCUAUCUCAUCUUGAUUAUCACGUGUUCGGAAGCAACCAUUCUGUUGGCCUACUUCCAUUUAUGUGCAGAGGAUUACCAUUGGUGGUGGAGAUCGUUUUUGACAAGUGGAUUUACUGCGGUCUACCUGUUCCUCUAUUGUGUGCAUUUCUUCCAAACCAAAUUGACAAUUGGUGGAGCUAUUUCCACAAUCCUCUACUUUGCCUACACCGCCAUUUUCGUCUUCAUGUUUUUCUUGAUGUGCGGAACAAUUGGAUUUUUGGCCACUUACUAUUUUGUCCGCAAGAUUUACGGAUCUGUCAAAGUUGACUAA